GUCUCUGAGAGCUAGCUAGAAUAGUACUGGAUCCACUAACAUCAACUUGCUAUGCCACUAUCGUGUGCCAGCUGCUGUCCACAUGCCUUCGAUCCUGCCUAUUGUAUUUUGGGAGCAUUAUGGGAGUAGCACCGCCCCUUUGAAUUGUAGCCAUAGGCUGGCUAACUGCAUUCAACAAAAUCAUGGCGGAAGUGUUUUGUUUUACUGUCUACAAGUUGAUCAUCCAUAUGAAAUACUCUAUAAAUUGUUAGUUUCCUAGCAACUUCUCAUCAGCUAUCAAGGGAUAUUCCUCAUCUUCAAUAUGGCAAUCAACAUCAUUCCUCUUUUCUUCUCCAUCUUCCUUGUUUCAUUUCAGCCCUACUUCUCCGUCGGCCAAACUGUUGUCAAAGGUGGUUACUGGUUUCCUGGUAGCGGCUUUGCAGUUUCUGACAUAAAUUCUACUCUUUUCACUCACCUUUUCUGUGCAUUUGCCGAUGUCAAUAGCCAAACAUAUCAAGUUACAAUCUCAACUUCCAACCAAGCUCAAUUCCAAACCUUCACCAAGACGGUCCAACAAAAAAACCCUUCAGUGAAAACCCUUUUAUCAAUUGGUGGAGGUGGCUCCGAUGUAAACACAUUUGCUUCAAUGGCUAGCCAGUCAAGUUCUCGUAAAUCAUUUAUUGAUUCCUCCAUCACGUUAGCAAGGUCUAACAAUUUUCUUGGCCUUGACCUUGACUGGGAGUACCCUUCUGAUUCUACACAAAUGAACAAUUUUGGCACCCUUCUUACUGAGUGGAGGGCUGCUGUGGUCACUGAGGCUAAAAGUUCUGGCAAGACACCAUUGAUGUUAUCUGCAGCAGUUCUUUACUUAUCAUAUUACUACUCAUCCUCGGUGACGUACCCUAUCCAGGCUAUAUCAAACAGCCUGGAUUGGAUUAAUCUAAUGGCAUAUGAUUUUUAUGGCCCAGGAUGGUCUCCAUCAAGCACGGGACCUCCUGCUGCUUUAUACAAUUCUGGGAAUCUAGAAAGUGGAGACAAUGGGGUCAGGUCCUGGAUUCAGGCUGGCAUGUCUGCAAAGAAACUAGUUCUUGGCCUUCCCUUUUAUGGCUGGUCAUGGCGUCUGACAAAUUCGAAUAACAAUGGCCUUUUUGCACCGGCCAAUGGACAAGGCCUAGCAGGAGAUGGAUCAAUAGGCUACAAUCAGAUCAAGCAGUACAUAACCCAAAAUAGAGCUACUAAAGUAUUCAAUGUCACUGUUGUUACAGACUAUUGUUACAGUGGAACUACAUGGAUUGGCUACGAUGAUACUCAGAGUAUCUCCACCAAGGUUGCAUAUGCUAAAGGGAAAGGCUUGUUAGGUUACUUUGCCUGGCAUGUAGGUGCCGAUGACAAUUGGGCCCUUUCUUCUAAAGCAUUGCAGACAUGGGGAGCAUAGACAAGAGCUUGUUCCUGAUCAAAUAAUAACCAAGAGACAGAAACACAGAAUGUUUCUUCGAUCAAAUAUAUAUCCUUUGGCUUGUCCUUUAUGGCAAAGUUAAAGAAUUAAACGCAUGUACUCCUGUCAUGCUUAUUGUGUUAUAAGCCUAAGUUAAUAAAUGAAAGGGUUGAAAAAGUGCA